AUGAGCUCCUACCAGCAGAAGCAACCCUUUACCCCACCCCCUCAGCCUCAACAGCACCAGGCGAAACAACCCUGCCAGCCUCCACCUCAAGAUACAUUUGUUCCCAUAACCAAGGACCCAUGCCACCCAAGUGUUCCAACUCCUGGAAACACCAAGAUUACAGACCAAGGCUACAUCAAGGUCCCUGAGCAAGGCUACACCAAGGUCCCCGACUCUGGCUGCACCAGUGUCUCUGGGUCAGGCUACUCCGUGGUCCCUCAGCCUGGCUACACCAAGGUCCCUGACUCUGGAUGCACCAGUGUCCCUGGGUCAGGCCACUCCGUGGUCCCUCAGCCUGGCUACACCAAGGUCCCUGACUCUGGCUGCACCAGUGUGCCUGGGUCAGGCCACUCCGUGGUCCCUCAGCCUGGCUACACCAAGGUCCCUGACUCUGGCUGCACCAGUGUCCCUGGGUCAGGCUACUCUGUGGUUCCUCAGCCUGGCUACACCAAGGUCCCUGACUCUGGCUGCACCAGUGUCCCUGGGUCAGGCCACUCCGUGGUCCCUCAGCCUGGCUACACCAAGGUCCCUGACUCUGGCUGCACCAGUGUCCCUGGGUCAGGCUACUCCUUGGUUCCUCAGCCUGGCCACCUGAAGGUUCAAGAGCCAUCUCCCUCCAUAGUCAUGCCAGGCCUGUCUCAGCAGAAGACCGCGCAGAAGUAG